AUGGUCAGUCAGGGCUCCACUCUCGUCGCCAAAGCAAUUGAGAUCGAAGAGACGCUCUGGUGUAGCCCAUUCAACCAAGACCCCAAUGACGAAGAAGUACGACGAUUGCAAUACGUGAGUGUAUGUCGCCAAGACUCUGCAGCGUAUAGUCUCCUAAGCGCUAGGAAGAAACCGGCAACCUCGUCAACCGAGUUAUCCGAACUCACCCUGGUCGAGGAGCGGGUCUCGCUCGAAAUGGGAUGA